ACUGUUUCCACUCCUUAAAUGUAAAUGCGGAAACGUUUGAGCACCUCGAUUGAAUCCUCGUUGUUUUUCAGGGAUAAGUUGACUGCUGGAUUCACAUCAUAAAAAGAAUGCCAAGCUUUGGAUUUGGUGAAGUUCCUGCUGGAAGUGAUGUUACACACCUUGUUAGAACUCUAGAAGCAGUGCGCCGAAACCCCGCAUCUCUGCAAGCCAUAGAAGAGGCCACAACAUCCUGCGUACAGUGGGGAGGAGUCUUGCAACAGCUAAUACCAGAUGCCCAGCCGUUUUUUGUCCGCAAACCUAACAUCAAUAUACGACCCGAACAUUUCAACAGGAUUGCUGAAGAAUUACGCAAAGGUAAUGCUGUGCUUGUUAGCGUGAAGUUCCCAGGGAGCACUAAUCAUGUAUUUGCAAUUGAAGCCCGUGAAAAUGGAACAGCACGUAUAUUACAUGCCUGGCAGGGCAAACAUCAGUUGAGAGUGGAAAGAACAAUGCCAGUUGAUGAGAUGGUUGGCUAUUUGAAACGUCUUCCCGAGUUAGACUGGGUAACUAACAAAACUGAGUUGCAGAACAUCCGUCAUCAGCUAUGGGGUGCAGACCAUGCUGAGGUUCCAGAUAUUGGAGCAAGUUCAAGAAAAAGAAUUAGCUAUGAAAUGCUAAUCAAAGGUAAACCUGAUCGACCGUUAGCUUCCCAUGUAAAUAGAGAAAGACUGACCAGUCUCUGCAGUGAGUUGUCCGAGUGGCAGUCUGCCAGGUCCUCAACCAGUGGUAUAUCAGAAUGGCGUUCAGCAUCUAGUAGGCCUUCGCAAAUUGAAGGCCAGCAAGCUCAAGGUCGUGGAGGUAUUGGUAUACGAAUGGGUGCCGGCGUAGGUGCUGGUCUUGGCUUUGUGUUUGGAGCUGGCGGAGUCUUGCUUUUUGGGCUUAUAAAAGGAGAGAGGGUUGAUUAUGUUGAGGUAGGCUUAGCGGGCCUAAAAAGUGGGCUUGCUGCGGGCUUAGGCGGUGGUGCUGGAGCAGCUGUUGCGAAGGUCGCUACUCCAACAUUUGCAAGGAUUGGAGUCUCUGUAGUUCGCUCGAAUGCCGUUGCCGGGGUUGCUAUGUUUGGUGUCUUUGCUAUUUGGGAUGUGGUUGAAUGGAAAAUGAAUAAAAUUACGGAAGUGCAACUGCGCCAACGUCUUGCUGAAGGUGCUGGAGGAGCCGCUGGGGGCAUUGGAGGUGGCGCUGCCUUAGGAGUGGCUGGGGGUGUUUGGUUUGGCCCAAUUGGUGCAUUAGGAGGUGCACUGAUCGGUGGCAUUGCUGGUGGCAUUGUCGGUGCAUUUGCUGGUAGGGCAAUUGAUGGAGCGAUUUGGGAUGAGAGUGAAGAUGCUGUUAUGAACAGCUACGAAUAUUUUGGGUGGCGCGGUGUAAAGAGGAAUACGCGGCCCACAAAAUCUGCUGAUGAAAUCGGGAAAGCCUAUGACAGAAAGCUCGGAGAAAAGCCUGAAAAGGUCGGUGAAGAAGACUGGCACAAAUUUUGUCUGGGAAAUAUCAUGGUUCUUCUUCCCGCAAUGUACCCAGAGUUUAAGAAAAUGAUGCAGUUGGCAGUUGAGCUCCAGAAAAAGAAAAGCAGUGGUUUGUCAGCCAUUGGAACAGCCUUCUAUGAAUACCUCUCUUCAGAAUAGAUGUAUUCGUUGUUACCUCGAUAAGUGUAGGUUUGCCACAACAACCGUACGUUUUUGACUUUUAGACUUUCAUUAAAAGUAAAAAUGGACAAUUUAAAUGUAUACAAUGGCCAUUACCAAAACUGUAACUCUCUUAAUUUACGCCACGAAUAUGUUCAGCAGCACAAAAGGUAUUCGUUUCUUCCUUUGGUUUGCUCUAUGUCGACCGCGGCAGGGUUCGACGUCUUCGCCUCUAAUUUACCCGACUACUUGAACAAAUUCAACAGGUCACUUUUCGUCCCAUUUUCUCUUUUCCUGGGGCGUUCGUUUCCCUUUUUUUCAUUCGCCCUUUUGAAUGGCACCCCUUUCAGCGUCGGAGCGCAAAAGUUACCUACAUCCUCCAAGUUGUUUCCUGUAGAUGCAUGUCAUAUCUUCGUUUUAUUUCACAAAGUGUGUCGUUAUUAGAGUGUACUUUUGUGAUGUUGUAAUCUGCACCAUUUGAACUUUAAACGUACACACCCAAUUAAUGUUUUUCAAUUAUCUAGCAUGUCUAUUUCAUCACAUUUGACUCGUUUUUGUGGGUCUCUGCUUCCCCUCAGUUACAAUUUUGUGUGAUUUAUAUACUACUUUUUAUACCAUCCAGAUUUGGAGUUUUUUUAUUUAGUAUUCACUUUCUAUUUGCUUCAAUUUUAUAGUUAUUUCUUUAUAUCCAUUUCGGCUUUGACAAUCGUAGUUUUUCCCAUGUCAGUUACUAUCCCUCCUCUUACGGCGCCUUGAGGCACCUCUUUCAAAAGGAAUAAUAAUAUAUUAGCGCGCAAUUUUACAUAUUUUGAUAUUUUGGCGUUUUUUUUAUAGUUUUGAGUGUUUUUAUAUUUAGUUUAAGUACAAGGUUUAAUACAAUAAACCGGUUAAGUUUCUAGAAACGUGAUCUGCAUAAAGUUAGAAACUAUUCACAUGUGCUCUAACCAGGUUGUCUGUAAGCAACGCGCACUGUACGAUGCGUCCCAUGUUGCAACAGGUUUGGAAAGUUCCCACAAGAAAUUUCGUACGUGCUAAAACCUGUCCUUUUGUCGGUUCUGCGCUGGUCUUAAUCAACUGGCCAACCUAAUUACUGUAACUCUGAAAUCGUAAACAGCCUUUCUUCCAGUUUCCAUUUGUUGUUGUUGUCGGGUUUGCGCCUUAUCUGGAGCAACAGCCUGGUUUAUCUAUGCCACUUAGUGCGUGUAAUGCAACACCUAAGUCCUUUAAGUAAUUAUACUGGUAUAGAGAGAAUAUGUUUUCUUGCUGGUAUCUAGAGGCGUCCUGACCUAUUCGCCAGCGAUGCAAGAACUGUUGAAGUACCUAGUAUCACUUUUGCAGUGAACAAGAGACACUUUAAUUAGUUUGUUUAAUUACUUCCUUAAUUUACACGCUGCACUAAUAAGCUUUUAACUUUUUGUGAUCUGUUUCAGAAACAAGAUCAUGCUUUGGUAGUUUGGAUUAUUAGAACUAAUCAUGUGCGCCACGAGUCAACUGUUAAAGGGCAACGUACGAAGUCCAGUA